CUGGGAGGGUGAGGCGGGACCAGUGACUACCUCCGGGGCAAAGACGGCUCGCGCAGGCGCAGAUGGACGAACACGACUCCUCCUGUCCUGUCGGUUUUCCAAUAUGAACCGCGCGAAACAAUAACUUCCGGGAAGGUGUAGCCGCACUUCCCUGGCUGCAGCAUGGACGGUACCAGUGGAAUGGAAGAACCGGUUUCCGCGGAGGUGGUGUCGGUGGCACAGGCUCUUUCUCUCCCAGCAGAGUCUUUUGGCAACGACCCGGAUGUUGAGAUGGCUUGGGCCAUGAGAGCAAUGCAGCAUGCUGAAGUCUAUUACAAGCUGAUUUCAUCAGUUGACCCACAGUUCCUGAAACUCACCAAAGUGGAUGAUCAAAUCUACUCUGAAUUCCGGGAACAUUUUGAGAAACUCAAGAUAGAUGUAUUGGACCCAGAAGAACUCAAAUCAGAAUCAGCUAAAGAGAAGUGGAGGCCAUUCUGCUUGAAGUUUGAUGGGAGUGUAGAAGACUUUAACUAUGGUACUUUGCUGCGACUGGAUUGUUCUCAGGGCUACACAGAGGAAAAUACUAUCUUUGCUCCCAGGAUACAAUUUUAUGCCAUUGAAAUUGCUCGGAACCGAGAAGGCUAUAACAAAGCAGUUUAUAUCAGUGUUCAGGACAAAGGAGGAGCGAAAGGAGCCACUGAAGGAGAGGCUGGAGGAAAGAAUGGAGCUGACAGUGGAGGAGAAGAAGAGAAAGUAGAGAAAGGAGCAGAUAGUAGAGGAGAAAAAGAGGAGGGAGUCAUUAGAGAAGGAGAAAAAGAAAACUGACAAAGGAGAAAAACAGAAAGAAAAUGACACGUCAACCAAAGCUGUGAAGCAUCUGUGUAAGGUAGACAGGGAGUAGCACUCUGGAGGCUGCGACUCAAAUGAGCGUAUGGGUAGCACGGUGCUACUUGCCCAGACCCCUUUGGUUAAAUGUAUGUCUUUGUCAGUUGAAGGACUCUCUAAGGACAUCUGCCUAGCCUAAGAAUCAUGAGCUGGUUGUUCCCUUCUAUGAACAGACUUAAAGACUAUUAGUGGCAUUUUAGUGAAUUGUUUCUUGACUCUCAACUGCUGGCCAAAUGAGAAGUUUUAUAAAGAAAUUCCUCUUAGUUCUUAUGACCAUCUGUAUAUGUGACUUCUAAAACAUAUUUGAAGUUAUUAGACAGUUCAGAUGUUUUUCAGGUUUAUAAUCUCUCCACCAUGUUUUAUGUAAAACGAUUGAUGCAUGUUUCUUAACUCUUGUCACUGUUUGUUGUAGUGAAGUUUUCUUAACCUUUGAAGUUGUACCUGAUCCUAGGACUAGAAGUCUUCAUAUAAAAAUUGAUUGUUGCUCUUAGAAUGACUGUAGCUCUCUAAUUUCCUUUACUAUAUCUGAAAAAAUCUCGAUAAGUACUCUAUAGGGAGCAGUAGUCUGAACCUGUCAAACUAGUGAGGGCAGCCCUGCUCAUAGUAGAGGAACAAGACCUGGCUCUCUUUCAGUUUUUCCCUUCUGAUAGCUGGGUUGUUCUCUGAAAGCUAGCAAAUAAUAAUAGCAUGGUAAAAUACAGUCUGAUAGUGUUUCCUGUUUUAUAAUGGUAUGGAUAAAAAUGUAUAUAUUUAUAUAGUAACAACAUUUUUGAAUAUUGUGUCAGACUCCAAAAAUAAAUAUUGGUUUUAUAUGA